AUGGGCAGCGCUCAAGCCUCGCUGUGCUGUUGGGAGCGCCAAAAGCUCCCGGUGGGUUUCCAGCCUCGACCGCCUCCCGCUCCACCCCAAGCCAACGAGCCCUCUCCAAGCGCAGCUACGUUGGGCGGAGGUGAAGACGACGAGCAGGUGGAACUGCAGCUGUGCACAAAAAAUACGUUCAUUGAAUAUCGCGAAGUGGCUCGGAGCCAAAAGCGAAGCCACAGCAUGCCAAGGGACUUUCGACCGUGCAGAGGCGUGAAGACAGUCAAGGCAGCACCAUUACCCAGCAACACGGAGGAGAACGCUGUCGACAAAGGGCAAACUGCUGGUUUUUCUCCCAUGGAUGAUGCUUUUGAGCCCUUUCUCACUCCCGAGAUGGUGGCGACUGACCGUAUCUGGAGGCGCGAGGUGAUUGGGCGGCUGGCGUGGCGCAAAGUGCCUGUCAGGCCUCAUUCCUGCAGAAAUUCGUGCCCAGCUUGUUGCCAGCUGAACAAUAACAACUGGCGACUAGCAGCCUGCGAUCCGGUACGGAUCCCAGGGCACUCUAAUCCCUGCAAAACUCUAGAAAUCCUUCCGAAGCUGCCCGAGCGUGCGCUGUUGCUUUCGCAAUGA